AUAGUUUAUGUUUAGUUGUUUAUAACCCACAAAAAUAGGUUUAAAAUAUUGGCUGCUACACACUCUGAACCAUAAGUCUCACUGACAUCUGUCAAUCCCUGAUUAUAUAUUUUUUAUUUUUCUCCCCUGAUUAGAAUUUCCCAUCUUCAAACCUAAGAUAAGUUCCAAGAUGGAGAAAGAAGAAGAGAGAUGGAACCUGGAUCUCCAGAACCCUGGAAAAGGGCAGAUCCCAAAAGAUAUCAACUUGGAGAUGAACCUCAAUGAUGACAAAGUGGCUUCAACUGCCAUUACUGUAGCUACAGCUGCAGUGACUGCUGUUAAAACCGUCAUAGGGAUCCAGUCUCGCAUUUUCACAAGGCUGGCAACUCGCCGGAAGUUUCUGCACCGAAACCACAAUGACCUGGAUGAGCUUGAGCGGAUGGUAGAAAAUGCAGCUGCUGUUCGCCUCCGAGCCGUUGUAGAAUCCAGCAUAGACUCUUUGAGAACCAUGAUGUGCUCCUGCCUCUUCCAGUCCCCAGCAGUCCUCGCUGGGCUGAUAGAUGAGCUUUACAUAAUGGAACGUGCUUUCUGGGUGCAGCCAGGUCGCUCUGAAUGGUGGGAGAAGGUCGUCCUGCCCCACUGGGAUGAUCCACUCUGGCAAGAGAAUUUCAGGAUGAGCCGGCAGACUUUUAUGGAGCUGUGCAACAUGCUGAGGCCUGUCCUAGAGAGGCAGACCACCAACAUGCGGGCCCCGAUUACUGUUGAGAAGCAGCUGGCCAUUGCCAUCUGGAAGCUGGCCACCCCAGAUAGCUACCGGUCAGUGGCAGAGUGUUUUGGUGUUGGACGUUCCACGGUUUCAAGGAUAGUCAUGGAAGUUUGCCAAGCACUCUAUGAUGUUUAUCACCAUGUGGUCCACCUGACCAGUCCCCAGGCGGUGAUGAAAGGAUUUGCAACCAAGGGAUUUCCUCACUGCAUUGGGGCCAUUGAUGUAACCCACAUUCCUAUCAUUGCUCCUGCCCACAGAGCAACUGAGUACAUCAACAGCAAAGGUUAUUACUCUAUGGUCCUGCAGGCGCUGGUGGACCAUGAAGGCAGGUUCACAGAUGUGUAUGCUGGGAGGUCUGGGAAAGUUCACGAUGCCAGGAUCUUUCGUAGCUCCCCCGUCUUCCGUGCCAUGAAUCAAGGCACAUUUGGCCCCAACGUUAUUCUGGACAUGGAGGGCGAGCAAGUGAAACCAGUGAUCCUUGGGGACCUUGCUUAUCCUCUCCUGCCAUGGCUAAUGACUCCUUACAGUGGCCACUUGGACACCCGCAAGCAGCUGUUCAAUGACACACUCAACCACUGCCGAACAGUGGUAGAAUAUGCUUUUGAGCGCCUCAGGGGCCGUUGGCGGUGCCUACUCUCCCGUCUAGAUGUGAGGGAGCGCUAUGCCCCCAGGGUUAUUGUGGCUUGCUGCAUCUUGCACAACAUAUGCGAGACCAAAGGGGAGCCCCUCCAGGAAGGGUGGGAGGAGGUGGUGAGAUCUGUCUCAAGGUCUUACCAGCAGCCAGAGCGCCAACCUGUGUACGUGUCAAACCCUCAUGCCCGGGAAAUCAGGGAUCUUUUUAGCACAUACAUGGAAAGGAAAGAAUGGGCAAAAUAGGGCUGAAUCUCUUCUUUUCCCUAAAAUAAAUCUUUGUGGGAGGUCUUGGGAAGAGGAUAUCAUCUCUUUCUCUCCCACCACCACCUGAAAGAUUUUUCUUUUCUUUAAAUGCAGUUGGCCUAUUUUGAUAGGUCACUUUAUAGUCUGUCACUAUCCUACUGAAGCUGGGGUGAGCUGAAAUUGCAAGUGACCAAUGCCUACUCCAGGGGUGAGCAAUUUCUGGCCCUCCAGAUGUUUUGGUCUACAACUCCUAUCAGUCUAGCCAACAUAGCCAAUGGUGAGGGAUCAUAGUUGUUUUAAGCCAAAACAUCUGGAGGUCCACAAGUUUUCUACCUCUGGCAUAUGUCUAACUCGUGCUUUCAUUGCUGCUUCCUUGCUUGUGUCACUGGUUGGAGAAUGGUAGCAAUGCCAGUGCUCUAUGUAUAUUCCUCUUUCCGAGGAAAAAUACAGUGGCACUGCUGUCUCUGCUGUCAGUGACUUUCUCCAGGCCAGGGCCAGCUCCAAGUGGAAAGAUCCCUUGGCAAAUUGUGCUCUGAAGAACUGCUUCCUAGGUUGGUGGGUUUAAAUAGUAGCAGUGGACAGCAGCAGCAUUCUGUUCAAUGCUGGAAGCUAUCCUUUAUGUUUCCCACAAUGACUCUACCUUACAUCAACAGGUUGGCAAUUUUAUUCUCAAGCACAUUAUUUCUCCAUCUAUUGGAGACAACAGUAAAAGGGAAUAUUAGCCAAGAGUACUUGCUUUAAUUAAGCGGUGCUAGAAAAUCUGAAAACCCUCCAAUUGGGAUUAGGUUUGUUUUAACAUGACGGUACGUUGAGCUGAUGGGCUGUCUAAUGCAUCCCCCACUCCUAACGAAUAUUUGAUUUGCCAUUGUGAGGAAGUUCAGGCUGCAAAAAUAAGGCCCAGUUCAGGUUUGUUCGAGGUGCAAAUUAUGUAAUAAACUGUUUCUUGAA